AUGAGUUAGCCAGAAUAGGAAGAAUUAGAUUAGUUAUUUCAUGGUGAACCUAUAGUUAUAUCUUAAUAGCUUUUUGAGUAAACAAAUCACUUAAAGAUAGCAAACAUACUCAAAGAUAUUUAGAAAGAGAUAGUUAAAAAGAACAACACUCUUAAGAGCAUCUUUAGUCAUAAUUAUGUGGAGUUAUUGAAUUGUAGUGAUCUUUUGAUAAAUAUUAAUGAAUACUCCAAGAAUAUAUCUAAACUUUCUGAAAAACCAGCUAAAUCAUUGUAAAAGAUAUUUGAUUUAAAUAUGAGUGCAGCUACUUUGGCUAAAGAUGGCUCAGUCUCUCAUUCUGAUACUGUUAUAAAACAAGAUAAAGACCUUCCAUAAUAGAAUUUAAAAAAUAUUAGCGACUCUAUUGAUAUAUUAAUAAGCAAAACUAGCAAGAUUUAUUAGAAAUAUAAAUUAUUUUCAAUAGCAGCGAGAUAAUCCUUAUCUCUUAAGAGUUUACUCAAAGAAAUAAAAUAGAGUCUUAGCUAGCAACUACCUAAUUCAAAAGAUAUCUACUUAAGGUAUUUUGGAGAUAAAGAAAUGUUAAUUAAUGAAAUAUGCUCUGAAAUAUUCGAAUAGGGAAUUAGAUAUAUUUUAUAGUAGAACGAGGAAGUAUCAUAAAUAGAUUAAAAUGAAGAACUUGAAUAAAUGAAACAAGAAACGAGGAUCUGGAUAUAUAUUGAUCAGGUAAUUGCGAUGUGUUUGCUCUUAUAAGCAUUAAGAUCAUAAAAAGAUGUAAAUAUAUUCCUAUCCUCAAUACCUUCCUUGAAUGAAUUUAGUUAUCAGCCAUAAUACAUUUUUUCAUAAAAUAAUAACCAAAAUAUAAAAACCAACUAAGAAUAGCUGAUAUAGCUAUGCUUGAAAGAAAGCUUUAAUAUAAUUCAAGAAAUAAAACUUAAAAAUUUAGAGAAAAGUGCAAACAUUGCUAAAUUUAUGAAUUAUUUUAGUGAUUUUUAUGCUUUAGUUAAAUAUUUUAACGAUUAACCAUUUUAUUCUGGCUUCAUCACACUUUUUGAAGAACUAAAUGCAGGAGUCUGUGAAUGUAGUUACUUGACUUACUUUACAACUUUCAAAAGCGUUUAAGAUAUUAAAGACUAUCAAUAAUCAAUAUUGCCUUCCGAUGAUUCUUACAAUUUAAAAUAUUAAAGUGAUGUCUUGAGUAUUAUUUAAAAUAUUUACAACCUUUAAUUCAAUCAGCUGAGUACAAUAAUUAGGGCAAUGCUUAUUCAUGCUGAUGAAGAGGACAACAAAUUUUUUAAUCACACAUUCUUCUAGCGCAUGAUGUUUGAAGAAAAGAAUAUCAAAAUGAUUGAACACAUUAAAAAUGUACUAGACUAAAUAUAUCAAAGCAACUAAAAUACCAAGUAAUAAUAGUAAUAACACAAAGACUUAAAGACUAUUCUUUACACUGUUUGGGAGGAUUUUUAUUGUGAAGAAAUUAAGAAAAGUAUUCUUGGUAUAUAAAUAGAGGAUAUGAUAGUCAAUUUCAAAAAAUAAAUUUUAGAAAAAACUGGCUAAAACAUAGAAUACACCAAAUAUGGAGAUAUCAAGUAUUAGGAACAUCUCCAAAAUGAAUAUGAACAAGCUAAGUUGAAAAUUUAAAGGUUUUCUAAUAAAUUAUAAAUAAUAUUUGGAUUCGAAGAGAAACACGAUUCUGCUUACAAUCUCGAAAUUAUGAGGAACUAUUUAUAUGAAAAUGUUAAUCUUUUAGUAGAAAAUUACGAAAAUAGUUUAGUAUAAAUGUGGGAAGAGUAAGAAAGCAACCCUUCUUUUGACUUAAUGAAAGUCUUUAUAAUAUUUCUAUUCUUCCACAACUACCUCGUAGAGCAACUUUUAUCUUCAAAAAUAAGAGAAGGAGCUUACAUUGAAUGGGAUGUUGAGAAAUUCAAUGAAAUUCAGAUUUACAUUUAAGAUAGAAUUUAAUUUAUUUCUGAUGAGAUUAUUAAAAAACUAUCUGAAGAGCAUUAUAUGCUGUCAUACCAAGAAUAUUUCAUGAUAUAUUUGUAUGAAUUAGAUGAGUUCUUGCACAAUUUUAUAGAAAAUGGAGAUGUAAAAUAACUAGAAAUUUGUAAACAAAUCGUGCUUAGUAUUUUCUAAGCCUUAGAAAACGAGGAAAACGGAAGCAUAAUAAAAAAUUUGACAAAUCCAAGCAGAUUGAGCUAAUAUGAUAAUAUGAAAUUCAUUAAUAUCACCUACAUUUUAGGAAGUAAAUUUUCUUUAUAGCCAAGAGAAUACUUUGAAAAAGAAUAAGAAAAAGAAACAAUUGCUUAAAUAUCUAAAAUCAGAAAGGAAUUCAAAGAAAAAUUAAUACCUAUAAAUUAAAAAUAAUAAAAUUUCUUAUUAUUUUAAGAAUAAUUAGUCUUUAUUUAAUCUGAUAAUCGUGGAUAAAAACCAUAAUAAAUCCCAGCAUAGAAAACGGGAGUUUCUAAUUCAAAUUUAGGAUCUUAAAAUAAUUUGUAGACAAAUAGUGAUACAAAUAAACAAAAGAUUUCUUAAAAAGACCCAUAAAUACAAUAACCAUAAUAAACACAAUCUGUUAUAAAUGCUUAACUUUAAUAAACAGCAAAGAAUCUAGUUGGAGAGGUAUCAAAUAAAUUUAAAGAACUUGGUUUCAAAGAAACAGCAACUAGUUUGCUUUCUAAAUUAACUAAAAAUUGA